CUGCUUGUCAAACCGAGCCUCCUCCUCCUCCGCGCGCUGUCCCCUCCCCGCGGGUCUCCCUCCCUGUGCCACUGCGGUGAAAGCCUCGGCUACGGAGAGAGAGAGAGACGGAGAAGAGAGUGCCUGGAGCUGUGGGGUCUAAAAAUCCGGGACGAGAAACCUCGGAGAGCACCGAGACCAACAUUUCUGCGCGUUUCUUCUCGCCACAACUCGGCGGGCCUACCGACUCCCCCUCCCCUCCCCUCCGUGUUGUUGUACCUCUUUUCCGUUUCUCGUCGCCUGGAUUUCAUCAUCCGAACCUGCAAAGAUGGGAAAUGAAGCCAGUUACCCCCUGGAGAUGUGCUCGCAUUUCGAUGCUGAUGAGAUUAAGCGGCUAGGCAAGAGGUUUAAGAAACUCGACCUAGAUAACUCUGGCUCGCUCAGCGUGGAAGAGUUCAUGUCGCUGCCGGAGCUCCAACAGAACCCGUUGGUGCAGCGAGUUAUCGACAUAUUCGACACGGAUGGAAACGGAGAGGUGGACUUUAAAGAGUUCAUCGAGGGAGUCUCGCAGUUCAGCGUCAAGGGGGACAAGGAGCAGAAGCUUCGAUUCGCUUUCAGGAUCUACGACAUGGACAAGGACGGCUACAUCUCCAACGGCGAGCUCUUCCAGGUGCUGAAGAUGAUGGUAGGCAACAACCUGAAGGACACGCAGCUCCAGCAGAUCGUGGACAAAACCAUAAUCAACGCAGACAAGGACGGAGACGGCAGGAUAUCCUUCGAAGAGUUCUGUGCAGUGGUCGGCGGUCUCGAUAUACACAAAAAGAUGGUGGUGGACGUGUGAGCGCACCUCCGCUGGCCGACCUCCCCCCUCCUGCCCAUCCCUUCCUCCUCGACAGCCGCUUUCUCCACCAUCUCUUAAGAUCUGCUCAAGACGUCUGGCAAAACGCUCUCUGUGUAACUCAAUGGAAGUAUUCUCUCUUUCUCUUUCUCUUCAUCUCUCUCUUUCUCUCUCUCUUUCUGUGAAGCCACUUUUUCUUUCAGAAACCACAGGCCUCAUGAAGCCAACUUUGAAGUGUUAUUGAACUAUAAAUCUUCUCAAUAACCCGGUCGUUGCACUUUAUAAGAGACUGAAGGACAGCUAUUUGUCGUUUGCAAGAGCAUCUCCGAUUUUUUUGGAUGAGGGGGGAGAAAGGGGGCGCAGUGAAGAGGCUGGUGGGCUUGUUCAUAUUUCAUCCUUUCUCUUUUUUUUUUGUUAAUUGUUAUUUUUGAUAUUUAUUUUUUGUUCUUGUCUUUUAUAAAGAAGAAAAAAUACAAGUAUAUCUACGGUUGUCUCGUGAGGGGAAGUGAAUAGUAUUUUAACACUUGACUUACAGUACAACUAGAAAAGUAGGGUAUGAAGUGCCAACCACAACAUAUCCAGAAACCAGUCCAAGUUAUUACCCAUCAUCACCGCUGUCGCUCUUGUGACACUUCCAUCUGCAAGGUGCAAAACUAAAAAUUCCGAUUUUUUGUCCUCCGGUUUUUAGCUUAACAUACAAGCAGUUUGGAUUAGAUGUGUAACGCUUGCAGACACUCUCAGCAGAGCAAUUAAUGUUAUUUCUUUUUUUAUGCUAAGGUCACUAGUUCCAUCCAUCCUGAAGAAUGUGUUUAUAUUGCUGCAGAUCAUCCUCAUUUCCUGUCUUAUAGUUAUAGGUAGACUAAUUAAUGCCAAGAAAAUGUCUUUUCCAAAGUAAUUUGUGGCUGCAGACCGACGCGCGGUUUACUCUCGAUGAAGCAUUUAACAGCGUGAAUCCAUGAGACAGUCUGCAAUGCAAAGAAAACAGCUCCACACUCACUGACAAAAGAACUGAAUUCAUUACAAUUUCAAGACUUAAUGUAAAGAAAAGAGACUGACAGGCUUGGCUGAGAACAGAGGGUGAUAGUUUUGAGCGUGAACACUGUGCGAGUGUAUAGCAUUUUAAGAGACUUAUCUGCAGGCAGCGUUUUUUAAACUAAUAUGUGUAUAUUAGGUAAUCAAUGUGUGCUCAUCUUCUUCUUUAACAGCAAGAGGAGAAGCCUCUGCUUCUCAUGAGCCCUCCUGAAUACUUCCUCAGUACAGUGCAGGGCGGGUUAGUUUUCUUUAUCGCAACAUGAACACUUAACAUCUUAACACGUUGUUGGCAUGAUCAAUGUGCAAUGGGGAUAGACUGUAUAUUGUAGUUUUUUGGGGGCGGGGUUGGAAAGUGUACAUUUCAGAAGUUGGCUUCUUCUCCCACUUUUUUUUUUCCCGUCCUGUCACAGACACCUCGUUUUCUCCCCCUCCCACCCACUAAAACAAACAGGGAGAAAAAACGUUUUAAAAAGAUCAACCAAAUUCGACUUUCUAAGGGAAAAAUGCUUCCUACUGUAAAACAGCAUCAGGAUAGCUUUUCGUUUUGCCUCGGAGGCCGACUGCUGGUUUGAACCAGAGUUUUCAGUCAGAGAUGUGAAUCUGGAGCGCUCUGUUGUCCCUCAUCCCAAAGCUCUGCACGGCUUGGGCCUCCCUGUGCUUGCAUGACAUGGAAAUAUAUUUUUUGUUGUGCAUGUAGAUCAAUUUUUGAAAUAAUCCUCUUGUUUACACAUGGAUGGUGAUGUUAAUAUAUAUUUAAGAAUUUAAUGGUAUACAAUAUGGAUGUUGCCAAACUUUGGUAAAUGUACACAUAUUAUGAGAGGUAAUCCAAAUGAACUGAACUACAUGUAACUUUUUGUAUUUUACCCGGGUCAGCGAGAUGCUUCUAUUCCAGUAAAAGUUGCAUAUCUGAUCCUGUCUCAAACUGCCACACACUGUACUCAGCUUAAAAGGGGAAAAUUUGAUUUUUUUUUCUUUCUUUUGUAUAUAAGUAUUUGUUAAAUGCAGUUCUGGCUCUCUGUUCUCUGUAUAGUUCAGACCGCGCUUUAGUUUGUAAGUGCUUCUUUUUCUCAGAGGGACUUGGGUUCUUUUUAGUUUGUGUGGGGAAAACUGAGAAGAUUUAAGUUUGAGAACCUUUUUUUUUCCUUUCUCUGCAUGCUGCAUCUUAUGCUGUGGGACUGUUGGAAACUUGAUACUGUAUGAAAAUUAAAAAUUUAAAUAAACUUUGAAAUGUUGAAAGUA